AUGGACAGUUUGCGAGCACAAGCGCGGCCACAGCAGCCCGGCAAGGCCGCCAAGCUCAGCGCGUUCGAGACGUGGGAGCGUGCCUCGCCGCGCCGCGAGCCUGACUUGUUUGCAGGCCAGGAGAGUGCAAUGUGGCGCACACGGUCAUCCGGUGAUGCGCCUUCCGAUAUCAGCGGCCUCCGUGCGCCUCGCCUCGCGUCAUGGGACUUUGAAGAGCCUAAUCUAGGCUUCACCAUGCCCCAGUCGCCCGACGCGUCGCCUAGCCCCCGCAGCCCGCCGCAGCCGCGGCCGCGGCCGGGGGCGAAGACGACGCCGCGCAUUCCCAGCGGCUCGCCGCCGCUGCAGGACUCGCCCCAGAAGCACACCAGCCGUUCUGCCGUGCCGCCGCUGCCGCGCGACGCAGCCGAGCGUGUGCGCCAGGCCAAGCCCAAGACCAAGGGCAGCGCGCAGCGCAAGCCUGUGCAGCGCUUGCGGAGCGCAUCACCGCAGGCACCCGAGCCCACCGCGCCCGUGCCGCCGGUGCCCCGCAUCGCACCCCAGGCCCAGGCCCUGGCGGCCGCCGCCGCGCCCAAGACGCGCGUGUCGCGGCGAGCGCAGUCCACCUCGACGCACUCGAGCGCCGAUGCAUACAGCCGCGCUGAGCAGCGCCAGCCGAAACUGCGCCGCACCGUGUCGACCGUGACAAUUGUGCGCAAGCCGUCGGAGGAGCGUGUGCCUGACGUGCCCGACCUGCCGCAGACGGACCGGCAGGGCGUGCCGCUGCGCCAGCUCGUCGACCGCCCGUCGCAGCGCCCUGGAAGCACGGGCGAUAAUUGGGCCGCGGCGUUUGACGCGUUCGACUCGUACGAGCCGACCGUGCCGUCGCUCGACGCGUACGCGCCGCAGACAAAGCGCCGCCUCUCGCGCCGUGGGUCCAGGGAACGCCGCGCGAGCGAGCCGUACGCGCGCGAGCCGCCGGCAGAGCUGCCGGCGCGCGCGCCGCCUACCGAGCCCCGUGCGCAAGAAGUGCCGCCCGAGCCGCAAUCGGCGCCAGCGCCGCGCCUACCGAGCGAGCCGCCGCGCAUGCAGAGCGCCACGAGCGAGCCGCACAGUGCGCCAGUCACGAGCGGUGCUGCGCCGAGCGAUGCGAUGCCGGAAGCAGACGCCUCGAUGCAGACCGUGCACGAUCUCGCGCCGCAGGACGACUCGAGCUCGUGCUCGUCGCUCGAGUCGGAAAUGAGCCGGCCGUUCAAGUCGCCGCCGCAGCGCAAGACGCAGAUCCGCGUGCUUUCGCGGAGCAUCGAGCGAGUAAUGUCGCCCGAAGGCGACUCGCCGUACAUGUCGCCGACGUCCUAUUCGGCCUGGUCGCCUCGCCAAGUGGUGCGCAGGCAGACGCUGCGGAUGCACCCAGAUACCGUAAUUACGCCGGUGCAGUCGCCGCGGUCGAGGCCGUCGCCGUCCAAGUUCUCGCUCGCGAACCUGCAGCGCACGCAGCGCGAGCCGAGCGGGCCGGGCUCGAUGCCGUCGAGCGUGUCGGCGCCGACGAUGCUCGCGCCUUCGGCAGACUUGCCGAGGACGCCGGAAGAACAGAUCGUGCGCUCGCCUAAUACGUCGUUCUUUGAUGGGGCGCUCGACGGGCCAGAGUCGUGGUUCGCCGAGACGUCACUCCCAGGCGAAUGGUCGCUGCAAGGCGCGCCGGCAGAGAGCAAGAGGGCAAGCAAGAUCAAGGCAGAGACUGUGGAGCCCAAGGCGCCGGUCGAGGAGCCCAAGAUGCCGAUCGAGGGGCCCAAGGUGCUUGUGGACGAGCCCAAGGCGCCGGUCCAAGAGCCCAAGGUGCCUACCGAGCCAGCGGCACCCAUCGACGAGUCAAAAGAAGCGAGCAUGGCCGACGAGCAGCCCUCGUCCAGGUCAAAGCACGCGUCCAAGCCGUCGCUCUCUGGUAUGGGCUUUGCAGGCGCUGCUGCAAGUGUCGGUGCCGCCGUUGCUGCGGUCGGCGCUGGCCUCGGAAUCCGCCGCUCGACGCAAGAAGUGCCAGACGAGGUCAAGGACGACCUGGCCGAUGCCGAAGCGCCCGCGCCCGAGCCCGAGACCAAGCCUCAGGCCGCGCCCGAGCCUCAGCCCAAGCCCGAAACCAAGCCCCAGGCUGCGCCCGAGCCCCAGUCCAAGCCCCAGCCGCAACGCAAGCCUUCUGUGCCCGUACGUGCUACCAAGACGCCUGCUUUGCCCAUGCCGCCGAUCGACGUCGACGGGCCGUGGUCGGUCAUUGUCCCUCCGAUUGUCAUGCCGCGCCCGCCCAAGGUCCCGCCCAUGGCGCAGACGCCCGAGGUGGGCUUGGGCGCGCACGCCGCUGGCGCCACGUCCGGUGCUGCCGGAGGUGCUGCGCUCGGCGCUGCCGCUGGGCCUGUCGGCGUGGCAGGCGGCGCGGCGGUCGGUGCGGCGCUUGGCGCUGCUGCGACGGCUGCGUCGCGUCCGGACGAUGCUGCGGACCAGGCACGCGCUUUGGCCGUGGAUACAACGGCCGAGGCGCCGUCGGCGGACUCGACGCUCGAUACGCCGAACCCUUGGCCCGAGCAGGCCACGGACCAGAAGGCGAUGGAGACUACGCAAAGCGAGCCAGAGCAGGCUGUGCCUGCGCAGACAACGGCGCCUGCGCAAGAGCCCGAGCCGCUUAUUCCAGAGCUCGUCGCCGAGCAGCCCACGGCAAAGGCCGAGCCCGCUGCGCAGGCUGAGCCUGCACGGACGGCUGCGCAAGCGCCCGCUGAGCAGGCGGCGCCCGAGCCGUCUGGGGCGGCGGUCCCCGACCAGGCCGAGACGAUGCAGAUGCUUGCCUCGCCUCCGGUCGCGCAGCGGUCCCCCGAAGCACAGCGGCAAGCGCCCGAGACGUCGCCGGCCCCCACCGCCGCGCCGUCCGAGGCGCUCAAUGCGACAGAGUCGCUGGCACCCGCCGCCGGCGCCACGGACGCGUCGCGCGCGUCUGUGCAAGAUGUGUCCGAGGCCACGCCUACUCAACCUUCGCCUGCGGUCCCCGCCGGGCCCCUUCCUUCGAACUCGGCAGUGAAGCUGCCUACGCCCUCGUUUGCUGACCUCUCUCCCCUUGCGCAUGCCCUCCCGGAAUCUACCCCCCCAACGCAAUCGGCCCCUAUCCAUGUGUCUACUGAGCCUACGUCAUCACGUUCGAUCCCUCCCCCAUCCGCCCCCCCGCCGUCGGUCCCGUCGGCGCCUGCGGAGCCUGUCGUCGGGCUCGGUGUGCCGAUGGAUGUGGCGGCGCGUGCGUCGCCCAGCAAUCCCUUUACACCUGCGCCUGCGCAGCUCGCUCCUUCCGAGGCGGAAGAGCGUCCCGUCUCGCGCAGUGCCAUGUCGACAGAGCCGUCGUCGCGUCCCGAGUCGUCGGCAUACAGCGACUACCAGCUCUUCCAAGAGGCUGCGAGUCAGCUGUCGUACAACGAGUCGCCUCCGAUCGAAGUGGUGCAGCCCCGGAUGGAGCCUCCCGUAAUGGAGCUCAACACGCCCCGUGUCUCUGAGGACGGCGCUGUGCCGCCGACGCCGAGCCGCGCCGCUGCGCCACUCGACACAGAGACGCCGACGCACGGUGGGCGCCAGGCGCUCGCCGGCGCGCUUGCCACCGAGGCCGCGGCGCGCGUGCGUGACACGUCGCCCAUGCCCGGCCAGCUUGGCCCCGAGGUCGAGGCGAACCUUGCGCCGCAAACUGUGCCGAUGCCGGACCCGUGGCGCAAGACGCCGACCAAGCGCAGCACGCCGAAGCGUGCACAAGACAAGCGGCAGAGCACGCCGCGCUCGAUGCCCGGCGAGCUCUCGCCGACCGUGCCUCGUGCGUCGCAGGCGAUUGCUCUGGAUGAGAAUGCGUGGGCCAAGGCGAUGCUCGCGCCGGACGACACGCUCGAAAGCGAAAUGACCGAUGUGCCUGCGCCACUGCCGACGCGCCCUCGCGCGGGUUCGUCGCCCCGCCGCGCGUCGCCGCGGCGUGGCGCGCCCCGGACCACCUCGCCACGGAUACCCAAAUCGUCGCCGCGUACGGAUCGCUCGCCGCGUACGGAUCGCUCGGCGCGCACGGAUCGCUCACCGCGCACGCGCCCUGCUGCGCCGGAGCACUCGUCGGCAGAAAUGUACCAGGCGCCCGUCUUUCCAGCGCCGGUUCGUGCGCCGUCGCCGCCGCCGCCGGAUGGCGAAGUCGAGGCGCGUGCCGAGUGGGAGCAGAAGCAGCUGGCCGCCAAGCCCGAAGCGGAAGUCGAUCUCGACCAGCCGCUCGAGAUGGUGCCUGCCCCGGACCCGCUGGCCUACCUGCGCGAGGUGUCGAUGCCCAUGUCGCCUGUUGCCGACAUGUCGCGCACAAGCGGCAUGAGCACGCAGCAACUGCAGCGCAUGCAGGCCGACGAGCAGGAACACAGUGUCGACGCGGUGAACGCCUCGAUGACGUCGGGCGUCGACACGGCGGCCGGUGGCGCCAACGGCCCCUACCCCGUCGUCUCGCGCCCGGUCGGCCGCAGCGGCUCGCGUGUCUAUGCUGGCAUGCAGCCGCAGCGCUCGCUCGUCCCGCCGUUUGAGCUGCAGAACCGCUCGCUGGUUCUUCCGCUCGGCGGCGAUCCGCAGCGCCCGGGACAGCCGCCGUGCUUGGAGUGCAUGAUGCGCGACGAGGACAUGAUCGACGUGCAGGUCACCGAUCCUGCCGUGUGGGAGCGCGAGAGCGACGCCGAGUUCUACGAAGCGAUCCGCCAAGAGCACCAGGAGCGCAUCUCGAACGAGACGCCCAAGAGCCCGGCGGGCCUGCGCCUGACACGUGUGCAUGUGAAGAAGGUCGCGAUGGGCGACACGCUCUCCGCGUCGAACCUCAAGGAGCACACGGCGGCGCUGCGCAUGUCGAGCUCGCAGCGCGCGCGCGUCAUCCACCUAUUUGUGGCCGACCAGCGGCGAUUGCUGGGCUUUGAGGACGAGCCGCCGCUGCCUGCGCCACCCGCGCCGGCAUCGGCGGCUGCGCCUGCGCCUGCGCCCGCGCCUGCAAUUCCCGUGCCCCUGCCCAUGACCGCGCCGACGAGCACUUCACCUCGGUCGCCGCCGGUCUCGCCGCGGCGUGCGCCGCCCGUCGCGUCGUCGCAAAGCAUGGCGGGUCCGUGGGGCGUCCCUGGCCUCGCGUCGGCUGUGCCGAACGUACCGAGCAUGGUGCCGACGGCGACCAAUGUCCUGAGCGUCGUGCCCGGUGCGCCCGGCCUCCCGUCUGGCGUCUCGCCGGGUCUGCCGCCGACCGUCUCGCCUGCGCGCCCGAUGGUGACGAGCACGCCGCCGCGGCGUAUGGACUAUGGGCCGACGACGCCGCAGAGCGACCUGCGCCCCCCCGAGCGCCCCUUUGCGCGCGGCACGCGUACCGGCUCGCCCGGCACGCAUAGUGCUGCUGGCUACACGUCGCAGGCGUCGCAGAUCGACAGCGACUCGUCGAUGGUCGACAUGCACCUCGGCCUCGACAGCGGGCGCCGCGACGUGUCCGGCCGGCUCGAUGCGCCGAUGCAGGACACGCCCGAGAGCGCGCCAGUCGCUGCGUUCGAGAGCGAAUCUGACCACGACGAGGGUCGGUACGACGACAAGCACCGGCGGCAGUCCUUUAAAGGCUUCUUCCGCAAGAUGGUCACGGGCAAGCCGCCGCCCCUUCCUGUGUCUCCGAACCAGGAUGUGCGCCGGCACCGCAAGACGCGGUCGUCGGUCACCGAUGUGACCGAGUCGCCCGACACCUCCUGGGCGGAAAACGACGAAGGGCAACGCCCGCACUUUUGGCGCAAACUCGGCAAGUCGCCCAAGUCUGCGGCGUCGCAUACACGCCGCUUCCCCUCGUCGCAGAUGCCGCCGCUCCCGACGGACGCCGAGGCCGUCUCGCGCGCGCGCGAGCGGUCCACUAGCGCAUAUGCGCGGCCGCAGCGCCCUCAAUACGAGCCGCCCCCGCCCGGCUCCAACUGGCUGCUGGACAGCAUGCGCGAUGGAUAG